AUGGAGACUAAGAAUAUUCAAUACACUGAAAAAUUUGAAGACAUUUACACAAAUGUUGAUUACAAUAAAAAGAGAUACCAAGAAAUGUCAGAAAAGUUUUAAAAUCUUCAUGGAGUUAAGCCAGAUUACUUUGUUCGUGCUCCCGGACGUGUUAAUCUAAUUGGAGAACACAUUGAUUACAUGAAUUAUCCUGUUUUCCCUUUUGCCCUUGAGCAAGAUUCCCUUUUAUGCUUCACUUAUUCAGAUGAUGAAUUAAUCCAUAUAGAUCAUAUGAAUAGUGAAGAAUUCCACUCUGCUGUCAUUUCUAACGAUCCUGCCAAGAGAAGCGAGACUAUUGCCUCUUUGACUCCUAAAUAAUCUUAUAUCAAAUACUUUAUAGCUGGUUAUUGCUCUGGUAUUGAUGGUAAAGUAUCCUCAUAUAAAGGCUUAAAAGUUUUGAUUGGAGGUAAUGUACCUUUAGCUUCUGGAUGUAGUUCUUCCACUUCUUUAUGUGUAAGUUCAAGCAUUUUGGGUGUAUUUGCUAAUAAAUCUACUAUUAACCAAGCAGAAUUAUUAGAAAAUAUCAUAACAUAUGAAAGAAGUUUAGGUACUGCUUGUGGUGGUAUGGAUUAAACUAUUUCUUUGUUAGCAGUCCAUGGAAAGGCUCUCUUUAUUGAAUUCAAUGAAUUUGCAAAAAUAGAAUCAGUUCAACUCCCACAUGGUGUUUCAUUUGUUAUUGCUAACAGCUUAACACCUUCAGCUAAGCUUGAAACUUUAGGAAAGAGAUACAACAAAAGAGUUAGUGAAUGCAGAAUGGCAUGCAAGAUCCUUAUGGAUAAAAUGUCUAUCAAAGCUGAAAAGCCCUUCACAAAUUUAAGACAACUUGUUAGAAAUAACGAAACUUUAGAAGAAAUGUAAGAAAAGGUUAAAACUUUGAUUGAAUAAAAGGUUUACACUAAAGAAGAAAUAGAAUAAAUUAUUGGAACCAAGUUGGAAGAUUUCUUAUAAGGAAUUCCUCAAUCUGAAUUAGUUAUUACUUAAAAUAAUGAUUACUACCCCUACGAAAGAGCUUUACAUGUCUAUAGCGAAGCUAAUAGAGUUUAUUAAUUCUAAAAAACAUGCUUUGAUACUCAAUUAACAGACGAAGAAAAAAUCCCUAUCCUUGGUAAACUUAUGAAUGAAAGUUAAUAUUCUUGUGAUAACUUAUAUGACUGUUCAAGUGAUAAAUUAAAUGAAUUAAUUAAUAUCUGCAGAAAGAAUGGAGCUAUCGGCUCUCGUUUAACUGGAGCUGGUUGGGGUGGUUGCACUGUUUCUAUGGUUAGAACAGAAAAUCUCUAAGAUUUCUUAUAAGCAGUUAAGACUUAGUAUUAUGAAAAGAAUGGUUUAACAUGUGAUGAAAAUAUUUUGUUUGCUACUGCUCCUGCAAAUGGUGCCAUGGUUUAUAAAAAUAUAGAAUUUUGA